UCAAUGUCAGAACAGUCAAGCCAUUCCAACUCACAAGCACAGCUCAGAGAUUUUGGAGGCAGCAACAGGGCACUGGCCAAGGGUUCUCAAGAAAAUUUAGCUUUGAAAAAUUUGAAAGGUUCGAAAGAAAGCCUAUCAGCUACAAAAGGCUCAAGGGAAAAUCUGGCCCGACUGGCUUUAAUGAAAGGCUCCCAUGAAAAUCUUAGAAAUGUUAAAAGUCAGUCGAGAGAAAACUUAAAAAAUGCCAGAACGCCAUCACGAGAGCAACUGCAACCUCUGACUGGUGUACGAGAGAUUCGAGAUGAGGAAACACCAGUCCGUCUGACUGGCGGCGCCAAGCAAGUAAUACAAAAUAAAAAACUUACAGGGAAAGAGAAAUCCUUAUCACAGGAAAAGUUAAGUGCAUCCAAGAACAAGUCAGGAUCUCAGUCAUCAUUGGCUGGUCCUUCAACCAGCCAGAAUAAAGC